CGAGCAGCAAUCUCUCGCCACAAAACACCCUUACAAACCCCAAAUCGAUCUCCUGUCCCCUAGAAUCAUAGACUCGGGCUAGAUCAUCACUAUCCGAGACGUUUACAUAGACCCCUUUGCGACAAGCUAGACAGCUACCUUGCGUCAUGGCCGACAACCAACGACCCGACGGCGUGGACAAGCGUGUGGCAGAGGAUAUCGCCGUGCCAUCGCAAGAUCCUGCCGGCAAGGAGAACAAGGAGAAGACAUUUGACCCCAAGGGAAAGCAGGUGGAUGGGAAGAAGGAGACCAAAGAGGAGGAGAUGUCUGAUGAGGAUAUCGGCCUAAAGAAUGAGCUCGAGAUGCUCGUCGAGCGAUUAAAAGAAUCCGAUACUACCCUCUACAUGUCUGCCCUAGAAUCUCUUCGAACCCUCAUCAAGACUUCGACAUCCUCUAUGACUGCCGUUCCGAAGCCUCUCAAGUUCCUGCGACCGUUCUACCAAGAGUUGAUCUCUACGUUUGAGGGUUUCGACGAAAGCAAGUUGGAAAACGAGAGGGCUCUGGCCUUCUCGAUCGUGUCGGUGCUAGCGAUGACGUACUCGGAUAACGGUCAACGAGACACCUUGCACUACCGAAUCUACUCUGGUUCUAAAGAAAAGCCUGGCGACUGGGGCAACGAAUACGUCCGACACUUGGCCGCCGAAAUUGGGGAGGAAUAUAGCCUAGUCAUCAACGGUGCUGCCGGGAUUGUCGAGCCCGAGCAGGAACCCGUCAAGCCCACACCGAAAUCGGCCGAUGCGAUGGCUGUGGACGAUGCUGACAAGGUGGUCACUGGUGGAACGCUCUCGAUCCCUGCAGCGACGACGGCACAGCAAAAGGUCAAGAGGGACUUGAAGACGAGGGAGCAGUUGUUGGCCCUCGCGCUCGACUUGGUACCCUUCUUCCUGGCGCACAAUGCCGAGGCGGAUGCUGUCGACUUGUUGCUCGAAUUGGAGAGCAUUGAGAGCCUCGAGGAGAACAGCUUUUUGAUCGGCAAGGAGGGAGAUGCGAUCUAUAACCGGGUGUGUCAAUACAUGGUUAGCUGCGUACCUCUUCUUGUUGCUCCUGAUGACCGAGCUUUCUUGAGGACUGCGGCUGGAAUUUACGCUCGUCACGAACGAUGGACACAUGCUUUGGCCUUGGCCGUCCGUUUAAGGGACCGAAAGUUGAUCAGGAAGUAUUUCGAAUCUCCAAUGAACGCCUCGAUGAAGAAACAGCUCGCCUUUUUCCUCGCCCGUUCUCAGAUCCCCAUCGCAUGGGUUCACUGUUCCGAUCCCGAUUCAUGGACACCCCCUGAGGACGAGCAACAGGACGAGUCCGAGAUGCAAAGUGAAGAGACGGCGCCUCCUACCUUGGACGACGACGUUCUGGAGUGUCUCGGUAACUUGAGGUUGACGGAACAUUUCAAGAGGUUCGGCAAGCAGCUGGAUGUGAGCGAACCCAAGAGCUUGGAGGAUAUCUACAAGAGUCACUUAGAGACUGGUCGCGCACCUCCAUCUAUCGAUUCUGCACGGGCAAACUUGGCAGGAACCUUUGUCAACGCUUUCGUCAACGCUGGGUACGGAAACGACAAGCUCAUCGUCGACGUCGAGGAGGGUCAGAGCUUCAUUUACAAAAACAAGGACUACGGAAUGAUGAGCGCGACCGCUUCCUUGGGAAUGAGCAUGCUGUGGGAUACCGAGCUCGGAAUCAGUCAGGUCGACAAGUACUCGUACUCGUCCGAAGAGCACAUCAAGGCUGGCGCACUGUUGGCUACCGGAAUCUUGCACAGCGGAAUUCGAACGGAGCUCGACGUGGCUUAUGCUUUACUCGAGGACCACGUCGACAACAAAUCGACCGAGCUCAAGGUGGCUGCCAUUAACGGUAUCGCUCUUGCAUGCGUCGGGUCUUGUCGACAGGACAUCGCCGAUAAGCUCUUGCCAUAUGUAGCCGAUGAAAACACUUCGAUGGAGAUCGCAGCCAACGCUGCUCUUGCGCUUGGUUUCGUCUUUGUUGGGUCUGCCAACGGCGACAUCGCUAUCACGAUUGUGCAGUCGCUGAUGGAGCGUUUGGAGAGCACCUUGAGCGAUAAAUGGGCUAGAUUCAUCGCUUUGGCAUUGGGUCUCAUCUACCUUGGUCGACAAGAAGCAUCAGAAGCUACGAUUGAGCUGUUGAAGACAAUCGAACACCCUAUCGGCAAACAGGCCGAGAUCAUGGUCGACAUGUGCUCUUACGCCGCCACCGGAAACGUUUUGAAAAUUCAAACUAUGUUGCACCACUGCAGUGACCAUGCGUCCAAGCCCAAGGCCGACGAGAAGGCCGAGACUACCGAGGAGUCAGAAGACUCGGAAGAGACGACAGCCGCCGAGACGGAGAAGAAGGAAAAGAAGGAUGAAACACCUGCCGACAUGACCUACCAGGCUUUCGCUGUCAUCGGAAUCGCUCUUGUGGCAAUGGGGGAGGAUGUCGGAGCGGACAUGUCGCUAAGACAAUUCAACCACCUGAUGACCUACGGAGACCCUGUUGUACGAAAGGCCGUUCCUUUGGCUCUCGCUUUGGUUUCCGCAUCAAACCCGCAACUUCCCAUUCUCGACUCCCUCUCAAGGUACUCGCACGACAACGAUCUGGACGUAGCAGUCAAUGCUAUCCUCGCCAUGGGUCUGGUGGGUGCCGGUACCAACAACGCUCGAUUGGCACAGAUGCUGCGCAGUCUCGCAGGCUACUAUGCCAAGGAACCCAACUGUCUCUUCAUGGUCAGGGUAGCGCAGGGCCUCGUGCACAUGGGCAAAGGAACCAUCGGUGUCAACCCCUUCUACAAUGAUAGACAGAUCCUGUCUCCUUCGGCCAUCAGUGGUCUUCUUUCGCUUCUCGUAGCAUUCACAGAGUCCAAGUCAUUCGUACUUGACAAGACACACUGGAUGAUGUACUGGCUGGUCACAGCUAUGUACCCCCAGUUCUUGAUCACCGUCGACGAAGAGUUGCAAGAAAAGGCCAUCACCGUUCGAGUGGGUCAGGCAGUAAAUACUGUCGGAUUGGCAGGUCAACGUAUGGGUAUUAGCGGAUUCCAAACCCAUCAAACCCCUGUCCGAAUCGCUGUUGGCGAGCGGGCAGAGUUUGGUACGAACGAGUACUUCCCUUACGCUUCGACAUUGGAAGGCAUUGUUAUCAUCAAGAAGAACGAUUUGUACGAAGCGGCCGAGGACGCAUAAUUUCACGACCCAGACCAUGUAUCACGAUGAACCGAUUCUCGCAAGCAGUAUAAAGC